UCGCCGAUCACACUGUCACUUCUCGUUCUAUGGUUUUUCUCGCGCGCGGCACGGACGGAGAUUUUCGCCACACGAAACAUCUUUCAAAGUUCGAAAUGUAAAUUGUCCUCCGCUGCAACGGAAUUUGUUUCCGUUAUUUUAUUUUUCUGUUUCGUUUUCCGACAAAUUUAAUUACCGAGACUCGAUAUUGCGCCAGGUACAAUGCGAACACCGGGUUUGAAGAGCCACGUGUAUUAUUUGAUGAAAACAGGUGGCACCUGUCUUGUCGUACUCGGGGGAUGUUGGUUCUUUUAUCAAGCGCGACAGAUAUCGCGGACCGUUCGAUCAGCUGUCGACACAAACGUUCUAAAUUUGGAACAAGCGCGCGCACAGUAUAUUUAUAUCAAUGACCCUCGAUUCAAAGACAUAUUUGUAUUCGGAAAGAACGAGGACGACUCGGCGCUGGAGAAAAAGUCGCAGAAUUUCGGUGACAUUUUGAAAAACUGGUGGAACGCGAAGAAUCACAAAAUCGCGUACAAGUUGUUGCACAUGGCGCGUUACGGGGAUAAAAAUGAACGGUUCAAAGCUGCGACCGCUCUCAGUUCUCUGUCGUAUUUAAAAGACUGGCAGUAUCGUCAUCUGGCGCAGAUGUUGGACGCCAAAACGGCGGUGGCACUUGCGAGAAUGCCGGAUGUCAGCUUGAAGUUCUUUCUGCGACCACCUUAUUGUCACGUUCAACAAAACUUGCACGAUGUAUUGGAAAAAGUUUACUCGCUCCUGUUGCACUUGAAUAGUUUGUGCGACAACACGCAUCUCUGUCUCACACAAUUUCUCAGCAAGAAGUUCAAGGACUCUCAUCGACACUUGCUAGGUUGGUACGAUCACGACUUAACGAGCGUGGGUCUUUCGACUGAACCGGCAACAGUUUGGAACGACGAGUUACUUAAGAAUUGCGUACAAGCGAUCUGUCAUCAUUCCUCCGUGGAACAAUACAGCAAACAUCUAAUCGACGCCGGAGCUUUGCCGAUCCUUCAAGCGGUCCAAAAGAUUUGCAGCGACGACGUAGAAAUGUGUAUACUGCUCGCGAGGAUACUCUCCAAUAUAUCUCUUCAUUCCGAAUAUUUGGAGAAUAUCUACGAAUCCGGAUGGAUCGGCGUACUGACACGUUGGUCUCGCAACGACGAUAUUCGUUUGUCGGCCCAGGCGAUCAGCGCAUUGGCGAACCUGGACACGGACGGGAACGAAGGCGCGAGAUACUCGCAAGGUGUUUACCUACUCCAUCCCUCGCACCGAGUUCACUCGACCACGAGGAUGGACGUGGUGUUUCUGCACGGAUUGUUGGGCGGAAUUUUUGUCACCUGGAGACAACGCGAUGUAAAUAAUUCGGCACAGCUCGGAGCUGUAGAUGAUAACGCGCCGAGCGAGACCGAUUACUUGUCCACCAUGAUCGACGACGAUCGUCCUCAGGAAUUCUUCAAAGACUUGGCUCGCGAUCUAAAUUUGCGCGAAUGGAGAAAACUGGGCCAAGAUUUUGAAGUUAUACUGGACGAUUGUCCCCGGAACACGAACUCGUGCGCUUGCGGACCUUACUUUUGCAGAGGAGACGACGCUUGCAUGAGAAACGACAUCGAGUCUAAGACACGAUGUUGGCCGAAAGACUGGCUACCUAUGGAUGUGCCAUCCUUGCGAGUGAUAGGUCUCAACUACGAUACGAGUUUAUCUAUGUGGACUCCUUUCUGUCCGAUAGAAAGCACGAAAAGCACUAUUAAAGAAAGAAGCGAGGAAUUUAUCGCCAAACUGACGUUGGCAAACGUGGGGCGUCGACCGCUCGUAUGGGUGGGCCAUUCAAUGGGCGGACUACUGGUUAAGAAAAUACUUGUAGAAGAAUGGAAAACCGGCGACAAACGCGAUAUUUGCAAAAAUACCAAGGCGAUCUUGUUUUACGGUACUCCUCAUCGAGGUUCUCACUUGGCGGCUCUGAAGCAAGCGACGCAAAUGUUGGUGUGGCCAACAAUCGAGGUUCAGGAACUGCGCGAAGAAUCGUCGCAAUUGUUGAAAUUGCACGAGGAAUUUCUAGAUAUGUUGAGGGAACAUCGCAUAGAGAUUGUGAGCUUCGCCGAGACGAAACCUACGCUCGUCACCUCUUUGAAAUUUCCCUUCCAGUUCGUCAGCCUUGAUUCGGCAGGUAUAAAAACGCGUUAAGAACAAAUCGGAUAUUUAUAUUUUUCUCUAAUACGAUUUUCUCGCGUUUACAUAAUCGUUAACGCGUGUAACAAAUUUUUUUUU